UAUCCCUUCGGCUGGCGGUUUAUAAGUGCAGACACCCACUCAUUCUGUUCAUCGCCAGCAGUCAAAAUACUCGUCAUACUUAAGCCAACCACACUAAACAGAGUUGUACUUCAGUUUUAAGGAACAUUGAUUAAUUUGCCAUGAUCUCUUGUAACAAGUCACUGACUUCAAGAUGGGGAUUUUAUCUUCAAAUUGACGAGCAGGGAAAUGUGCAUGGAGUGCGAGAAAAGGACGAUUACUGUGUUUUUGAAAUGAAAACAACAGAUUUCGCCAAAGUCACCAUUCGCGGACUGCAAUCCAAUGCUUACUUCGCGAUGAAUGACCGAGGGAAUUUAUACACAACGGACACUCAGAACCCAUCCUGUAUUUGGAAGGAAAUUCACCACACUGAUGGAUACAACUACUACGAGUCCGAUCAACACAACGGAUUUUUUCUGGCGCUUAAACGGAGAGGUGAUCCAAAAAAUGGCCGAGAGACUGCCUUGGGACAAGUAUCCUGCGCUUUUCUUGUAACUACGAUAACGCACAAUGCAACAUGAGCUUCUUGUGACAAAGAAAGAGGUUCAAUUUAGCUUGGUGUAAUGGUACACUUCUAAGCCACUGGCGUCUGCUAGGUGGAUAGUGAUGAAACUAAAAGGAAACAUAAUCCCCAUUAUCAUGUGAAAUUAAUGGUUUUUCUUAAAAUAAAUGAACGCGGAAGCAGGA